AUGAUAAAGAGUACAGAUAGCACUAGACACUCUUACACAAACCCCACUAUGCACCUACCCAGGUUAAAUAAACUGCCGAAAAGGCAAUCAAGCAGUCUCACCAAUAGACGAAAAAACAAUACAAAUAGUCAAAAGACCAUUGCACCCUCGCAAAGUCACACUAGGGAAAAUGCCAAACGUUAUUUCUCAGGUCAUCCUAUGACCAAGUCAAAUAACUACUCUCCAGGCGACCCACACUUCUUAACACUUCCGCGGUCACUAGCAGAUACACAUCACCGCCGGACCCCUCAACGAUCACAGUUAUUGGAUAGGGAGCAAAAUGGUAGUCACAGACUAUGCUUUCCGCCUCACCCAUACGCCGAAAGACGUGGGUCAUACGCUUCACAAGGACAAACUUACAACAGAUCCCCUAAAGAAAAUCAAGGGGAAUAUGAAUCUGUCUAUGACCAAAAUGCAUACGGCAACCAGCGGACAGGUGUGCCAUACAACUUAUCAAUCCCCGUUACUUCUUAUGAACAGGGUUUUUUCGGACAGCCUACGGCUGCAACGCCACCAGUAAUGCAGGUGAUUCGGAUGCUGUCGGAUCAUCUGCUCUCUACCCUGACCAACAGUCUCUAUACCAAUCACAAUGUAGUGAAUACCUCGCUCCUUCCGAGGUAA